CACAGCCUCUUCCGUCCCGCCGGUGGAAAGACGUUCCUGGAAAACCACCAUCAAAAGCUGAACAAAACAACCGUCGAUCCAACGGCAAACCAAAAAGAAGAAAAAGGGUACUGUUUUGGCUUUAGCCCAGCAGGCAGCCAUGGCUGCAGCUGCUUCCCAAAACGCACGAAACAAAACCAGAAACACCAACACCAAUAAGAAGGCGACCAAUGAAACAAAAGGGAAGACGAAGAAAAAGAAGCAGAGCGCGACACCCACACGGGGCUCGGCUCGGACUCGGAGGGAGUCGAGGAGUAAUAAUGCCGCCGGCAAGCGCAGAAGGAAAUCGCCCGGAAUCCGAGUCAUCCGUGGAAGAAUCCACGAUUCCCACAAUGGAAACACCUGUCACCAGGAGCUUGCAGUAGCUUCAACUAGAGGAUGCAAAAGAGGAAGAAGCUGUUUGGAUAUAAAAAGUGAUUCAGAAUUAGAAUCCAAGACUUUGAAAUUGAAUGAACAAGAGAAAGAAAUUCCGAAUGGGAAGCUAAAAAGAACAAGAAGUGUUGGUUUAAAUGAUAAUGUAACAGACGGCAACAAGGGUGAUACUGCGUUCAAAAAGAAAACAUGUCUGAAGAGAUGCCAGAUUACCAAGGAAAUUCCUGCUGGAGAAGAAAAGGCAUGUGGAAGGGGUGAUGCCAUCCAAUCAAAAAAAGGAAGGUCUAAUAAGCAGGGUCUGAGGAAAACCCAUACAAGGCCAUAUAAAAUAGAAGACAACAAGACAAGAAAAUCCAAUGAGGAUGAAGCCAUACGUAAGCAAGUCACUGGAUUUCACAAGCGUCAGAAGACUGCAGAAGUUCGAACAAAUGGUUCUGAUGCUGAUAUCUCACUGCCUCAAGGCAUUGAAUUAACAAAUGUUGCUGACUUUGACCUGCCUGCGGAGGAUGUUGGCCAUGCCUUGCAACUAAUAGAAUUUUGUGAAGCUUUUGGAAAGGUUCUUGAUCUAAAGAAAGGACAGCCUGGAUAUUUACUUCAAGAAUUAGUGUGUGGACGAAGUUCCCAUGGGAUCCUCCAGUCACCAAUUGUUGGGUUGCAUAUCAAGUUGCUUUCUAUGAUACAAAAUGAUUCAGGAAAAGAGUAUGUUUCUGUCAAUUUGAGAAAUUUUACAGGCUUGGUCAUUCCAAAAACAAUUUCUCUGCAGGAUCGAUCGAAAGAACUGUCGUCGGAUUGCAGUAAUUUUGCGACUGAUGAAUAUGGAGACUUAAGCCCCUCAAUGAAGCUCAGACUUUUGAAUUUUCUAUGUGAUGAAGCUCUUGGCACAGCAGAGUUGAGGAGAUGGAUUAAUGAACAAAACUCAGAAUUUGCUGAAGAAAAGAGAAAAUCAAAGGAAAUUUUUCUUGCUGAAAGAAAGAAGGAGAGGAACAUGAAAAUGAAGCUGCAGGAUGAGAUGGCUAGAGCUAUUGUCGUGAAAAAUGGUCCUCCUCUUUCUAUUUCUGAACACCAGGACCUUGUUUUGAAGAUUAAGGCAGAAGUUUCUCAAACGCUUGUGGAGAAUUUUGAAGCAAAAUACCUAGAGAUCAAAAAGAAACAGAGAUCGCAUGCAGUUAGGUUAGAGCCUCUACUUUUUGAUGGAAAUGGUCGCAAAUUCUGGAAUUUGAGAAGCCACUCUAGUGAGAGAGACGUUCUGCUUCAAGAUGGUUUAGCUAUAAUGUUGAGGAAAGGGAAGUUGUCAAAAAAUAUGUUUCAAGGCAGCUUGGAAGAUGAGAAAGAGAAGUCUUCAAUAUCUUCUCAACCAUUUACACCACUGUACUGUUCUGUACUGUAUACUCUGUUUUGGCGUAGCUUCUUGUCACUGUACUUCUGUUCUGUACUGUAUACUCUGUUUUGGCAAGGCUUUUUGUGCGUGUUAUUUGGCUGGGGAUGUUGAAGAGCAUUAUAGCUGUGGUCCAUGUAAUGCUCCAUGUUCAAUUAUGCUUCCCAGCUUAUAAAUUUCAUGGCUUGUCAUCUAACAGCAUUUCAGCACAGACGUUAGCGCAGGGAUUUCAAGUGAUAUGUCAUUUGAAAUUUGUAGCUUUAAAUGUUUGCAUUAUGAGAUUUAUCUAUUUCUUGGGUCCAAAUUCCAGGUGGCUUUGGACAAAUGUGGAUGCUAAUGUAUAGAAACAAUGGAUUUGAAAUUUCAAACUCCAAGUGAGAAAUGAAAGGGUCAAAUGACCCGAGGCAAAUGCAACUGAAAGAACAUCUUGUUUAAGACCAAAACCAAAGCAUCAAAUUCUCUGAAGGGUUGAAGGCUGGUAGAAGCAGGGGGCAUCAUGGCCUAGAAUGUCCUAAAUCAGAAUAUCCCUCACCAGCUACAAAA